CCGCGGCUCCGUUUCACCCCCCUGCCCGGCGGCGGGAGCCGGGGCUGAGCCGCCCCCCCGAAGCCAGAGCCAUGUGAGCAGGAGCCGCGCCGCCGCUUCAGCGGGCACGUCCAGGAUGUGAAUAGCCGCCCGGUCGCCUGCACCCCGCCGCCGCCCGGCCGCCCCCCGGGCCGGAGGCUCACCGGCGUCCAGCCCUGCCCCAGGCCAGCAUGACCGAGGUGAAGGCCAAGGAGCCCAGAGCGCCACCGCCUGCCAGAGACGGGGCGGUCCUGCUGCAGGGCCAGCCCGGCCGAGACCCCUUCCGCAGGGAAGCGGAGGCCAUCGACAUCUCCCUGGACGGGCUGCUCUACCCCAAGAGCAGCGACGAGGAGGAGGACGACGACGAGGACGAGGAGGAAGAGCCGCGGCAGCAGCCGGGGGAGGAGGAGGAGCGGGACUCCCUCUCCUACCGGCCGGGGAACGGCUCCCUCUCGGACAAGGACUCCCUGGACACCGUCCUGGACACCUUCCUGGCGCCCGCGGCUCAUGCCAGCUCCGCCGUGGCCGCGGCGCCCUGGUCCUUCCUCGGGGCGGAGGCCGCGGCGGCGCCCGACGCCCCGAUGAGCCGCGGCCCCUCGCAGAAGGCGGGCGAGGCCGCCCCGGGGGCGCCCGGCCCCUCGCACCCCCCGCCGCGGCCCGCCCCGCUCUGGCCGGCCGGCGACGCCGUGACCACCGCCGCUAAACCGCGGCCGGCGGGGCCGGGGGGCGGCGCGGAGGGUCCCGCCGGCCCCAAGGGCGAGGCCCCCGGGCUGGCGGCGCUGCCCGGCGGGGAGCGCGGCUUCGCGGGCGGCGGGGGGCGGCCGGGGGCGGGGGAGCCGGGGCAGGAGUGCCUGCACGUGCCGCUGCUGCCGCUCAACUCGGCCUACCUGGCCUCGCGCACGCGGCAGCUGCUGGACGGCGCGGAGUACGAGGGCGGCGGCGGCGGCGGCGCGGGGCCGCGCUCCUCGCCCCCCGCCCCGGACCUGGCGGGCUACGUCUACCCGCCGGCGGACGCCAAGGAGGUGCACUUCGCCUACGGCGACUUCCAGCCCGCCCUGAAGAUCAAGGAGGAAGGUCUCGGCCUCCCCACCGCGUACCCCGGCGGCAGGGCCACCCCCGCGGCGGGCUGCGCCGACUACCCGCAGCCCCCGCGGGCCGGGCAGGAGCCCUCGCUGGAGUGCGUCCUCUACAAGACGGAGCCCACCCUCCUGGCCGGAGCCUACGGGCCGGCGGCGGCGGCGGCGGCGCCGCUCGACAGCCUGCCCUCCACCUCGGCCGCGCCGCCGGGCCUCUACCCGCCCCUGGGUCUCAACGGGCACCAGCCCCUGGGCUUCCCGGCGGCGGUGCUGAAGGAGGGCUUGCCCCAGCUGUGCCCGCCCUACCUCGGCUACGUCCGGCCAGAUACAGAAACCAGCCAAAGUUCUCAAUACAGUUUUGAAUCGCUACCCCAGAAGAUUUGUCUCAUCUGUGGUGAUGAGGCUUCUGGUUGCCACUACGGAGUACUUACCUGUGGAAGUUGUAAAGUCUUCUUUAAAAGGGCAAUGGAAGGGCAGCACAACUAUUUAUGUGCUGGAAGAAAUGACUGCAUAGUUGAUAAAAUUCGUAGGAAGAACUGUCCAGCAUGUCGCUUGAGGAAGUGCUGUCAAGCCGGUAUGGUCCUGGGAGGUCGAAAAUUUAAAAAGUUUAACAAAAUUAAGGUUGUGAGAACAUUAGAUGUCGCACUCCAGCAGCCAGCAACCCUUCAAGAUGAAAGCCAGUCUCUAACCCAAAGGCUGUCCUUUUCUCCAAAUCAAGAAAUACAGUUUGUUCCCCCAAUGAUAAGUGUUCUACGGGGCAUUGAGCCAGAAGUUGUCUAUGCUGGUUAUGACAAUACAAAACCGGAAACACCAAGUUCCUUGCUUACCAGUCUAAAUCAUCUUUGUGAGAGGCAACUUCUCUGUGUAGUCAAAUGGUCUAAAUUGCUACCAGGAUUUCGGAAUUUACAUAUUGAUGAUCAGAUAACCCUCAUCCAGUAUUCCUGGAUGAGUCUAAUGGUUUUUGCAAUGGGAUGGAGAUCGUACAAACAUGUCAGUGGUCAGAUGUUAUAUUUUGCACCAGAUCUGAUUCUAAAUGAACAGAGGAUGAAAGAAUCAUCGUUCUAUUCCCUGUGUCUAUCCAUGUGGCAACUCCCACAGGAAUUUGUCAGACUUCAAGUUAGCCAAGAAGAGUUCCUAUGUAUGAAAGCACUGUUACUUCUCAACACAAUUCCUUUGGAAGGUCUAAGAAGUCAAAGCCAAUUUGAUGAGAUGAGAACAAGUUACAUUAGAGAACUGGUGAAGGCAAUUGGUUUGCGCCAGAAAGGUGUUGUGGCCAACUCACAACGUUUCUAUCAGCUUACAAAACUGAUGGAUUCCAUGCAUGAUCUAGUGAAACAGCUCCAUCUCUUCUGUCUGAACACAUUUCUCCAGUCCCGUGCACUGAGUGUUGAAUUCCCCGAGAUGAUGUCAGAGGUGAUUGCUGCCCAGCUACCCAAGAUUCUGGCAGGGAUGGUGAAACCUCUUCUCUUUCACAAAAAGUGAAAUGUCUUUUCUCUUAUCAUAGAGAUGAUUUCUGGGUCAUUUUUUGUUUGUUUAUUUUGGUCAAGAUUUUGCAAUGUCAGGACUUCAGUAUAUUUGUCAUACUUACCCCGCCUACUGCUUUAUACUUGUAACAUACACAAGCCAUUUAAGCUUGAUGUACAUAUUGUGAGUUCCUGAUUCCUUAACUGCAAAAAUCACAACAGUCAUAAGAAAUGUUUUGUAAACUUGGCUAGGUUGCUUUUUAGGUAUGCAUAAGAAUGACAAUGAAUAGAGUUUUCAGAUUUCUAAGAACAGUUAUCUUAUACAUUUUUCUUACAUAUUACACACUCUGAAAUUUCUGAUCUGACAUGGUGUAAACUUUUUACUUUAGUACAUUGUGUGCAUGAGUACACGUGGGCAUGUGCGUAAUACAAGAUUUUGGAGGAAUUAAAAUAAAUAUUGCCCACAUUUUCUCACAGAUAUUUCACUUUUUAUUAACUACUCUGCCUCACAGAAAUAUCCUUUCAAAGUCAGCUGUCCAGGAUUAAGUAGACGUCACUGCAGUAGCUUCAUGAGUAACUAAAGUGCUAGGCACAAAGUAUACAUUCAUAUUCUUGUCUGUGCUCAUACUGCAUUGAAACUCUGAGUUCAGCGCACUGUUUUCUGCACUGUUCAGUGCAGCUCUCCUUCAAAAAUUGGAAAGCAGGAGAAUUUCCGUGUAUAUUACACCAGAAGUAAUGUGUAUGCAAACCCACUAAGCUUUGGUUUGUGUUACUUUCCUUAAAAGUUCAGCACUUACUUACUAAAGCUGAAUCACUUAGCUAUAAUCUUAAAUUCAUCAACUUUAAAAUUCUGUAUUUGAGAAGCUUUAAAUAGAGAUGUUUUCACUGACUACAACUCUUAAUAAUCUUAAUGUUUUGAAUUCUAAUGCUGAAUACUCAAACAGCCAUUAACAACAAAUUAUAGUGAGAUUAAAUGCAAAAAGAAAUGGAAGAUAUGACUACAAAUGUUUUGAUACACAUCAGGCUCAUUUCAGUACUAUUUAGUGAAGCUACAUAUUUUAUAUUUUAAAGGCAUGCCAUUAUAAUUGGGGUAACUGUAAAAGAGGAAUUGGACUAAAUUAGCUUUAUACAUUCAAGAAGAACGUCAUGUUUUACCAUGGAAAUGAAUAUUUGAUGGAAGAAUUAUAAUGUGGUGGUGUUUGUUCCUUUGAUAAGGAUAUGAAGCAACUCCUGCUUUUAAAGCAGUAAAUUGUUGAUAUAUUCAAACAACAGAGAAACGGAUAAAGCCCAAGAAGAAUUUAUGAGUCUAUUAAAAUAGGACAAAUUUUGCCAGUCACUAAAAAUGGUACUCAAAUUCUCUAACAACAUAGGAAAUGGUGAGUCUUACUUGGGUACUUGCUGGCCAUAUGCUUUUGCUCUUCCCCAUGACAUGUUGGAUGCAUCCAUCGUGUGAUAGCAUACUGUUGAUGGUGUGUAGCUUGGUCUGUAUAGACAUAUCCUUGUCACGUGAACAAAGGCCCGUGGGACAUAAGUUCAGUAUCCCUGAUUAAAUCAGGGUCCCUCUCAUUAAAAGUGUAAGUGAUGUUACUUGUUCAUAAAAAUUACGUCCUGAUUCUUGAAAAAAAUGUGGACAACUAACAACUAAAGGUAGAUCUAAAGGUAUCCUUACUAUUUAUCAUUUCCUAAAGCCAAUCAAGAAGAAGCUACAUUAUGACUGGGGAUAAAAACGUUUUUGAGAUUCCCACAUAGUAGUACAAAACUCACUAGAGUUGGUGCAAAGAUGUGGCCAUGGAUAAAAUGGUAUAAGCAGACUUUUGUGUUAGUUGAGUAGGUUCGUCAUUUCCAACUGCCCAGACAAGCAAUUUCUUUCAUAUUCAAUAGAGUCUGACUUUUAACUGUGAUCCUUAAAGCCAUUAUGUUUUAAUAAAUAACAUGAAAUUCUUUAUUUCUACAUAUUGAGGUUUCGUUUUCUUUGUUUUUCUUUGUAUUUGCAUUCAGUAAUUGUAGAGCUUAGUAAAAAAGUCCAUUUCAACCA